AUGGGCAUCAAGCAGCUGUUCCAGAUCAUCAAGGAGGAGGCGCCCGACUCGAUCAAGGAGGGCGAGAUCAAGAACCACUUUGGUCGCAAAGUUGCCAUUGACGCGUCCAUGAGCAUCUACAGUUUCCUGAUUGCCGUGCGGUCCGACGGGCAGCAGCUCAUGAACGAGAGCGGCGAGACGACGUCGCAUCUCAUGGGCAUGUUCUACCGCACCCUGCGCAUGGUGGACAACGGCAUCAAACCCCUCUACGUGUUUGACGGCGCGCCGCCCAAGCUCAAGUCGGGCGAGCUGGCGAAGCGGUUCCAGCGCAAGCAAGAGGCGACCGAGGGCCUCGAGGAGGCCAAGGAGACGGGCACGGCCGAGGACGUGGAAAAGUUUUCGAGGCGGACGGUGCGCGUGACGCGAGAACACAACGAGGAGUGCCGGCGCCUGCUGAAGCUCAUGGGCAUCCCCUACAUUGUGGCGCCGACAGAGGCCGAGGCGCAGUGCGCGGUGCUGGCGCAGGCCGGCAAGGUGUACGCGGCGGCGAGCGAGGACAUGGACACGCUGUGCUUCAACACGCCCAUUCUGCUACGCCAUCUCACCUUUAGUGAGCAGCGCAAGGAGCCGAUCCAGGAGAUCCGGCUCGACAAGGUCCUCGAGGGCCUCAACAUGGAGCGGAAGCAGUUUGUCGAUCUCUGCAUCCUCCUCGGCUGCGACUACCUCGACCCGAUUCCCAAGAUUGGGCCGACGACGGCGCUCAAGCUGAUCCGCGAGCACGGGUCGCUGGAAAAGGUGGUCGAGGCCAUCGAAAAGGACUCGAAGAAAAAGUACACGCUGCCCGAGGACUGGCCGUUCAAGGACGCGCGGGAUCUCUUCUUUGAGCCCGACGUGCGCAAGGCCGACGACGCGCUGUGCGACUUCAAGUGGGAGAAGCCCGACAUUGAGGGGCUGGUGACGUUUCUGGUGACGGAAAAGGGCUUCUCGGAGGACCGGGUGCGCAGCGGCGGGGCGCGGCUGGAGAAGAACCUCAAGUCGUCGCAGCAGGCGCGGCUCGAGGGCUUCUUCAAGCCGGUGGCCAAGACGGAGGAGGAGAGGGCGGCGCACAAGCGCAAGCUGGAGGAGAAGAAUGAGGAGAAGAAGAAGAAGCUGAGGCAGGACAAGAAGGAGAAGGCGGCUGCAAAGGCCAAGCCGCGCGCAGGAGGUGCUUAG